AUGAACGCAGCGUCCAAAGGCCUCCUGCGCAAGCUUGAUGCAGCAAUUGACGAGCACGGAGGCCUCGACGAGUUCAGGCGCCAUGCGCUCCAGCACUUGAGUGUCAAGGCGGUCGUGAAGGAGAGCCACGGCGCCGCCAUCCAGGCGCUCGCCAUCAACACGUCGCACCCCGGCUGCCGCAACCUGUUCGCCACGGCAGCCAGCGGUCAGGUCACGAUCUACGACGACCAACACAUGGGGGACCAUCUAUCAGUCGUGGUGCAAUAUGCACCACCCCCAGCCAACGGCAAAGCCACGGUGAGCGCCGCCGGCGCGGGGUCACCCCGCCGCCGGCGGCGCGCUCGCACGCGCGAGGAUGCCCUGCUCGUCGCUCCGCCAUCGGAGCUGCGACUUGGAUUUGCUGGCCACCAGGAGAUGCUCUCGUGCGCGUGGCUUCCAGAGCAACUCGGCCGCUGCGCCGUCCCCGGUGAUGCGUGGCUGCUUACUGCGCCGCCCGGUGCGGUCUGCGUCGCCGUGGCGCAGGCUGUGGGCGGCUCGGACCGAUGCAUCCACGUCAUCAGCGUCGCUGAGGCCGCGGUGGUGCGGCUCCUGCAAGGGCACGACUCCGACCCCGUAGACCUCAGCGCCUGCCCCGCCGCGCCGCGCCUGCUGCUCGCCCUCUGCCGCGACGGCGGCGCGCGGCUCUGGGACGUCGGCGCCACGGUGUGCCUCGCCGCGACGCCCAAGGGCGACGCGUUCUGCGCGGCGCUCAGCCCAUGCGGCGGCUUCUUCGUGGCAGGCACGCGCAGCGGCAGGCUCCACUGCUGGCGGCCGGUGGAGACCGGGCUGGCAGACGGGUGCGUGGAGGAUGCGGCCGGUGGCGGUCUGCAGCAGCCGGAGCAGGCAGUCGGGCGACAGCAGGACGCCCAGCAGCAGCAGCAGCAGCUGCUGCUGCUGCUGCAGCAGCAGGACAAGCAGCAAUUGAAACCACAGCAGCAGAAGCAGCCCCAGCAAGCAGAACAAAAGCAGCCGCAGCAGCAGGACGGGCGGCGGCGAGAGGACCAGCGGCAGCCCGCUGGGGCAGAAGCGGGGCGGCGCGCUGGGGAGCAGCGGUCACUGUCGGCCUGGAGGCGCGGCCUGGUUCGGGAACCGAUGGAGCUGCCAGGCCUUGGGGGCGUGGCCAUUGAGGGCCUCAGAUUCUUGGAAGGCGGCCUGCUGCUGGCGCGGUGCGUCGACGGCCGCACGCUCACAUAUGACUGGGAGAAGCGGGCACUGGUCGCCCACUGGCGCGUGCCAGGCUGCGGCGGCGCGGGCGGCGUGAGCCACCACAGUAGAUGCGGCCUCGCCCACACACGCGACGGGCGCAUCGUGUGUGCAGGCAACCGCCGGGGGCAGGUGUUUGCGUACGACGCCCGCAGCGGCGCCCAGCUCGCCGCCCUGGAGCCGCACCGCGGAAUGGAAGGCGCUGUUCGCGGCUGCGGCGUUUCGGAGGACGGCAGGCAUGUGCUUGCGGUGCUGGGGGCUGGCUUUCUUGUACGGUACGAGUACCGAUGGCCCCGCACAGUAGGGCAGAUUUGGAGGAGCGGUAUGGCAGGGCAGCAGCAGCAGCAGCAGCAGCAGCAGCAGCAGCAGCAGCAGCAGCAACAGCAGCAGCAGCAGCAGCAGCAGCAGCGACAAGAACAGGCGCUGCAGCAAAAUCAGCAGCAGCCGCUGCAGCGGACUGGGCAGGUAUGCGCCGCUGCGGAGAGCAUAGAGGCAGAACACACAUGCGGCGGCAGCGCGUGCGACAGCGGCGAGGCGGCCGCCAUGCAGCUGAACGCGCUGGGUCCUGCAUCAGAGCCCCGGCUGGCCAAGCGGCAGAGGGUGUAA